UCCUCCUCCUCGGUCCCCGGGCCCGGGCGAUGCCCACCAACUGCGCCGCGCCGGGCUGCGCCGCCACCUACGACAAACACAUAAACAUCAGCUUCCACAGAUUCCCCUUAGAUCCCAAAAGAAGAAAAGAAUGGGUUCGUCUAGUUAGGCGCAAGAAUUUUGUGCCGGGGAAACAUGCUUUUCUUUGCUCCAAACAUUUUGAAGCCUCCUGCUUUGACCUGACUGGACAAACAAGGCGACUGAAAAUGGAUGCAGUUCCCACAAUUUUUGAUUUCUGCACUCAUCUAAAGCCUGUGACCCCCAAAUCCAGAAAUCUUCUCACGAGAAACACUUGCUCCCCUGACGGACCACCUAAUUUGAAAGCAAAUAUUAGCAGUCAGCAAGUAUUACUUGAACACAGCUAUGCCUUCCGAAGUCCCAUGGAAGCAAAGAAGAAGAUAAUUAAACUGGAAAAGGAAAUAGCAAGCCUGAGAAAACGGAUGAAGAAUUGUUUGCAGAAGGAACGCAGAGCAACGAGGAGGUGGAUUAAAACUACUUGCCUUGUGAAAAGCUUGGAAGCAAAUAAUAUAUUGCCUAGGGGCACAUCAGAACACAUUUUGCCAAGUGCCUUAAGCAGACUUCCUAUGGAAGAUUUUAAAAUUAUUGAACAGGAUCAACAAGAUCAUCAGACAGUUCCAGCUCUCUAAAUCUGCAAUAAAUCUACAAACUCAAUUUACGGGAUUAACUCAGCCUGAAUGUUAGGCCCAGGCUGGAGAAAUUGGGCAAUUUUGAGAUGAGUACAUUUUCUGGGAAAUUUUACUUCAACUGGCAUUACACGCUCAAUAUUGCUUAGGUGAGCUCUAUCACAAUAUUCGGUAAAGUUAAAUACAUUUUUGUGAGUCUUUCACAAGUGCCUUGAGUGGGGCUUACCUACAUUUUCAACAGUUUUGCAUUGCAAAGGCGUUUACAGGUCACAUUCUUUUUUAAUGAAAAACUAUUUUUGAAGAAAGAAUCGCUGUAUCGGGUAAUAUAUUUGGAAAAUUUUUCAGGUGCUUAAUAUAUAUUAGAAUAGAAAUUUGAAUGCGGGGCAUUAAGAAGGGGAUGUCCUGUUCUGUAUCCGAUGCCCAACUUGAUGCCGAAGGUGGACUUGCUGAAAUAAAUGUGAUUUUAUAAAAGCCAACUUUGUGCUGUCUGGCCUAGUGGCUUUGGAAGAUUGUUAGCCCGAAUCCAUGAGUUCAAAAUACGACACUGACAGACAUGUGAGAAGUUACUUAACCUAUCUUUUGAUUGGACAUGUUUAUUUGGUUAUAUAAGGGGGUAAACAGUAACGCACCUCAUAGGAAUAUUAGAUUUCUGAAUGACGAAUAUAUUAUAUAAAUGAUGAAUGUAAAAUAUUCUGGAAUGACACAUUGCUGAAGCUCACGUGAGACGCGAUUAUUCAUUCAUUCAAUCGUAUUUAUUGAGCGCUUACUGUGUGCAGAGCACUGUACUAAGCGCUUGGGACGUACAAGUUGGCAACAUAGAUUAUCCAAUCUACUUGAAGUCCCUAGUAUAAAAUGAUGUGAAAAUCAGAAUAUGUAACAGAAGAAAUGACUUAAAUUCAUUCAGCUGUCAUGUUGUAUUCUCCCGAGCCCUUAGUACAGCGCUCUGCACGUAGUAAGCGCUCAAUAAAUACCAUUGAUUGAUGGAUUCAUUCAUUCAGCUCAAUGGGAGGAAGAGUAAUUUGCAUCUUGUGACAGCAUUAAGGUUCAGCACCAAAAAAUGAAUAAAUCAACAUAAUUUGGUUGUGGAAAGUGACCCAUUUUUCUUUUUUUUGUCAUAGAGCUUUUCACCAGAGCUUGAAUAAUUUAAAACUUUAAAAAUUUGAACUGUGACUCUAAUAUUUAUUUGGAGAAUCUAUUCACAUCUAGCACUUACAAAAAAUUGUUGCACAGAUGGAUAAUUGAAAUUGUUUCUUCCAAUACAGUGGCGUUUCAUGUAUCGAUCAGUGGUAUUUCUCAGUCUGUGGUAUUUUUGGAGUGCAGGCGAGU